AUGGCCUCCAGCGCCAACGACUCGGUCGUCACCGACUGCGGUUGCACAGUCCAAUGCGGCCAACCCGCCUCUAGUGUCGGGGCUCAGGACCUGCUCCGGGAAGCGCGACUCGGUCUCAUGAUGGCAUCAGUUGAUGCUCGUGUCGUUGCCCUCCAGGCGAGGCAAUCGUACAUUGGAGCCAGCCAGUUCCUACGAAACACGGCCAGGGAGGAACCGGAGCCUGCCAAUGAAUCGGAUUACCUCGAACGCGACCAGAACGAACGCCGAUGA